CUGGUAACAUGCGGAAAUGAACCCGGUUUAACCUACUGGCGGGUGCAGGAGAUACUGAAGCGGCAGAGUUGAAGCAAACGGCAACAACAGCAUACACACGUAACUAGAAGUUGAGUUGCUUUCUGUACAGAACUGCAUUUUAUGCAUGGCUCAGUUCAACAUUGACGCAAUAAUUUAAAAAGGAUAAACGACCAGGCUCAGGGCAUUUCAUUUAUUUGCUCCCCAGUCUUCAGCUUUUUACAGAUGUCCUUCCUCAAAGUGAACCGUUCCUACCACCCUCAUGGGGUAGGGAAGAGGGCUGUCAAGGUGAAGAGGAAGCCAGCAUCCAAGCAGGAAUGGGUUAGUACUGUUAAUGACCUGAGUGUACACCGUGCAACUCCAGAGGAACUGAGCCAGCGUCAUGAGAGGCACAAGUCAAAAAACAAAGCGGUUGCACAGUGGGAGCUGAGAGAGAAGGUGCUGCAGAGGAGACUGAGGAAGCAAGGCCAGGACAGUCCAGAUCCCCUGGAGAGAGUGAAACUGGCCAUCAUGAGAGAGUACCACAUGCAGGAUGUGUUGGAGAGGUCAGACCGGGCGAUGGCUGUGGUGAAGGAUAUAUUUGGAGAUGCACCACGCAGACAGACGGGUUUCCCCAAUGUGACCAUGGCUCCGGACUGUGAUCCUGACUCCUCUGUGCUGCCAGUGGUGCAGAAACAACACCCGCCCACCCAGCUCUCCAUCCUCAGCGAGUCGGUCAUGGAUUCUCAGGCUCUGAAUGAAGUCGAAGACGAAAGCCUGUAUCUCAGAGACUCCGAGCGCAGUGAGGAUGAAGUGGAUGCGUCUGACUCGGUUACCUUCAACUCCAACAUGGACAUGAGCAGGUACAGUCGCUAUUUACAGGAGAAAGCUCCUCGGUGUGAGAGACCCACAAACGAGAACCCCCCUGAGACACCUUGCACCCCUCACACGCCAGCUACAUCCUUGGGGAACCAGGAGGCUGCGCUGAACGCCACCACUGCAGUUAAGAGAGUCCGCUCCAGGCGUCACAAUGAAGAGGGGAGCUGCACGCCACUGAAUGGCUCCUCGUCUACACGGCCAUCCAAAAUGAUUGGACAUGUCCUGAACCCUGACCCCAAAAAUCAGAAAAGAGGUAAAAAAAGUAAACAUUCGUCGUCCAGUUCAAGGUCUCGUGCUGAGCUUCCAGAGUUGGACAGCACAGCAUUGGGCUCUCUGAGCGGGAACCAGUCGAGUCUGGAGCUGCUGCACCACAUGAUGGGCGAGGUGGAGCUGGAUCUGCAGGACUUCGAGCAGCAGACAGGCAGAGAGGUCAACGAGUGCACAACACUGCCAAGAGCUCAGGGGUUAACGGGGUUCUCAGUCUCGCUGGUGUCAACUCUCAGCAGACUUGUGCGCCUUCUCAAGGAGAGUGGGAUCCAGCUGAAUCGUGAAUCGGAGGCGAGGCAGAGACUGGCAGAGGAGUCGCAGGAGCAGCGCACGCUUAUUGACGUGCUGACAGCAGAGGUGCUUGCAGUAAGAGAAGAGAACGCAGCUAUGCAGGCCAAGCUGCAGCAGUACAUGAUUGUCGCAGAUGAACAGCUGAUCUCAUUGAAGCAGGAGCUAAAUGAGUUGACGGGGCGAACAGACAACGAAAGAUUCAGUGCUAGACCAGUGAACAGCAGCGUUCCAGCUAAUGCAGCAAUAAGUCAAGAGCAUAGACCAGCAUCACGUGGAAUGCCUUAUUGCGGAGUGGACAGGCUGGACCCUGCUCCGAGUGACUAUCCAGAGAGGGAUAUUGACAGCCCUCUGAAGGCAGGAGCAGGCAAACCUCUACCCGAGCGCCUCUUCCAGCCAGCAGUGUUACUGUCGCCACCGCGACAGAGGGACAGCCAAACACAGCUACCAACAAAAGCAGUUGUAAGAAACGUCUUUCAAGAAAAUCAAAGGUUGAACAUCAGCAAACCCAACAACAGCGCAUUGUAUCCAGAGACCCUGGUGCCAGCUAUGAACCCACUGGUGGGGGAGCUACAUCCAAAUAACUGGCCCCCAGCAGAGGAGCAGAGAGGCCUGGGUGAGACUCGUCUUCAAAUGCAGCAGUGGAAGGGUGGGAAUCCAGAGGAUGAGUUGGAGGAGUGCAGCAUGGCGUCCUCGUUCACCAGCCUACCCCAGGCAAACCCCCUCCAAAAGGUUGGCCUCCACAGACCAGACUCUCUGGCGAGUCCUCCUUCCAAAACACAGGGAAGCCAGCACAGUGUCACAGUGUUUCAGGCUGCCAAGCAGAAACCAGGAAGUGUAUCCGCUGAUGAGGAGAAGAAACAGGAGAUGCUGAUGAGCCACAUUGCAGAGCUGACCCGGCAGAACUCCAUUAUUAAAGCCCAGCUGGGUCAGUUCAGGGCUCAGCCAGAGGGGGCCGGGAAGUCUUCGCAGCAAGCAACUGAAACCCACAAGACCGGAGCGGUCACAGAACCUGGGACUGAUGCAAUAAGCAGAAAGAGCCCUCUACCUUCUUCAUCCCCGGGCAGUGUGGAGCAGCGUAUAGCGGAGCUUAACAGACAGAGUGUCGAGGCACGCAGUAAACUCCUGGAACUGAUUGAGCAGCAAAAGCAAGCUGCUGGUGCGGCCUCACCGUCUGUCUCUCCCAUUCCCCCAGCACAGGGCAGAUGGAGCACCGGAAAUGGAGGAAGGACCAUUGAGGUGUCCAUCCCACUGCCUGAUAUGGACUCCUCUGCUUGGACAACCCCUUCUUCCUCUGUCAGUAGAACCAGCGGGAGAAGGUCUGCAGGGGAGGCUGCUAGGAGCUGUUCCCCAUUAAGUGAUGGGAGAGCAACACCUGUCAGCACAAGGGCAAAAGUGGAUACAUUAAAAGAAGAAGGGUGGUUUGCUUUGUCCACUCAUGUUAAAUGAACAGCAAAUAAAGUGACACGGUCCCUGAAAAAGAAAGAAAUUGGAUGGACUUUCUGCCUUCAGUCAUUAAACGGAAUAGUCCAAUUAAAUUGUCUACUCAUCUAGGCAGAGAAGACUAGCUUCAAGAGGUGUGCAGGCUCGUAAUUUAAAAGAGACUUAAUGAAGUCAUCAAGCUUGUUGAGGAUUUCCUUGAAAGUAUUUUUAUAUUAUAUUAUUUUUUAUAUGCUUCCUUUUGUAAGUUAUGUAUUCAUGGUAAGGGGUUUUGUUUUAUAGUUUUAAGUGUUGAGAUGUUUUACGCAGUUUAAAGGAACAUUGAAAGAAAACCUAAUUGAUAGUUAUUUUACUGUUUUUACUUGUAUUAAAGGCCAUUAUUUUAAGUUGUUGGUUUUGUUUUUAACCCAUGUUAUACUGAAUGUUUUCAUUAGGGAUUAUUUAGUAAC